AUGACAUGCAGACGAUCGACCAUUCAGAUCAUAGACACUAUCCACUAUCACUUCUGUUCGCAGAAACAGACAACUGAGCGAUGGAUCUACGAAGAUGCAGGCCACGAGGCGUUAUUUAUCACUGAGACUUUGUUGCGCGCACCAUUGAACUCGCGAGUUGGCGCAUCUGCUUCGAUACCUAAGACAAAGGGUAAGACAAACCCUUUGAUUUUGGAGGACCUCUAUGUUUUGAUGCACUUGAGCCUUUACUAUACCCCUUUUGUAGAGAGCUGCAGCCACCUCGAUUUUCGGCUUGUCAAUCAUGCGCUCUGCGCUGCCAUCCGGACAUGCUCAAAGCAUCCCUCUUCUCUAUCUUCUUCUGAGUCUCAUCCAAAGCAGGCAGCACGAGAUGAAGCCUUUUGGCGUGGCGUGGCAAAGCUGAAGGCCGUUUUGUCUGACAUGAAGAAGAGCACAUCAGAUGUACCUAUUAAUGUGAAGAGUGGGGAAGUGUUAACGGUGAUAUGCGAGCGCAUGCAGACUAUGUCAGGUAACGGCACUCUUCUAAUUGCAGCAGGGAUGCCCUAUGUUGAGAUGUUCCGAGUACGAACAACUACGGGUCGUUUCGAAGACCCAUACAAGAAGCUGUGUAUCAAGGAGAGCAGUAUGGGCAUUUCGGAAUGGCUUCGGGAUGGCUCGACCCAUUCUUCGAAACGCCAGCAUACAAGUGUUCCUCCGCCACGUACUGUUGGAGUUUGGAAACACAAGUUUUUACUUGCAGGGAAAUAUUUUAACGUGGUACGUGAAUGUGGAAUUGAGCGUUAUUUUUUCCUGGCCUCCUCAUCCUUCCUCACCCACCUCUUAGACCUUGCCCACAUAGAACUGAGGAAGCCCGCGAAAGGGAAAGAUGCCGCGUUCCGCGAAGAUGUGCGAGUCAGCAUCGCGAGCAGCGGAUUCGUAAGCGGCGUCAUCGGCGGUGAAGAAGGCGAGGGCAAUCACGGCCGGGAGAAGGAUGACAAGAAGGCCAUGUUAGGUAUAUGCGCGAUUGAUGCUCUUACACUCCACUACACCGUGAAAUUCCCGCGUUCACUCUUUUACUUGACAUCUGUCACAAGGGUUUUGCGUCAUCAGGUCCUUGAUCGUUUUCUUAUUCUCAAGCAUGUGGAACAGUUGCUCUCAUCGAUGUGGAUAGAACGGAAGACAAGUUCCUGGCGGCGUUCCGUGUCCAACCACCUCGAGUUCGAGCAGUGGCGACUGCGAGUUGCACUCUUGAGAGCUCGCAUGAUCGCUCUCGUUCAGCAAAUACUGGCUUUUGCGACAUUCGAGGUUUUUGAACCUAACUGGUGCGCGCCAGAGACGAAAUCGGCUAAGGCAACCACCGUAGACCAGCUUCUGAGGGGUCACAUAGACUUUCUGGACAUUUGCCUGAAAGAAUGCAUGUUAACAAGUGCCGAAUUACUGAGGGUAUGCGCACUCUGCAUGACAGUGACGUGCUCUAUAUUCGCGCUGUACACCUCCUUCACCCAAAGCGGCGACGCCGACCAGGCGAUGAACAAACGAUAG